AUGGACUGCGCGAAUCCGGUGGAGGAUCUCUUCACUGGAGAAAUUCCUGCAGGAGCGCAUCAAGGUCGGCGACAAGCCGGUGACGAUUGGGACUCUGUUACCGUCGUCAGGGACAAGACGAAGAUCUCUGUAACCUCCAACGACGCCUCCUUCUCCAAGAGGUACUCGAAAUACUCGAGUAACUCGACAAAGAAAUAUCUGAAGAAGAACAUUGUUCGUGACUGGCUCCAGGAUCUCUUCACUGGAGAAAUUCCUGCAGGAGCGCAUCAAGGUCGGCGGCAAGCCGGUGACGAUUGGGACUCUGUUACCGUCGUCAGGGAUAAGACGAAGAUCUCUGUAACCUCCAACGACGCCUCCUUCUCCAAGUGGUAA